GGUCCUCUUGUUAUUGUGUCGAUCUUUCACUCUCUUUCGAUCUCCAACCGUAGAAAUUUAAAGUAAAUUGAAAGAAAAUUUUUUUUUUAUAGAAUUUCAUCUUCUUCUCAAAUAUAUAUAUCACAUUAACGCAUCAUUACAAGUUUAGAUUUCACAAAAAGAAUCAAGAAGAAGAAGAAGAAUACGCAUGAGGAAGCGUCAAGUGGUGUUGAGGCGAGCCUCGCCGGAGGAACCUUCUCGAAGCUCGUCGACGGCUUCUUCUUUGACGGUGAGGGGUGUGAGAUACGGCGAGUGUCAGAAAAACCACGCGGCGGCGGUUGGAGGUUACGCCGUCGACGGCUGCCGUGAGUUCAUGGCAAGCAACGGCGAGGAAGGUACGGUGGCAGCGCUAACGUGCGCGGCCUGUGGCUGCCACCGCAGUUUCCACCGGAGAGAAAUUGCAACCGAGGUCGUCUGCGACUGUAAUUCACCUCCUUCGACUGGAAAUUAGACCAAAAAAUCUAGAGCUAGCUAAGAGUCUGUUUGUGUCUUUGUGUUAUAUAUAAAGCUGAAAAUAUUUUAUUGGUUUUUUUUUCUCUUAUUUAUAAUGUCGUGGAUUUGUGUUUCAUCGAGAAUUUUAGAGAUUUAUAGACUGGAGGCGGUGUGGAAGAUUUAUAAUAAUUGGAUGCUUUUGGGGUUUGAGAACGUUUUGGAAAAAUGUUAAUUAGGAAAUUCCUAAGUGAAAAAAAUAAGAUUAUUGUGUUUUUAUGAUUUAUAUAGUUUGAUUUUUUUUUUUCUGUUUGGUCAAUAUUAAUGUAUUUUG